AUGUUGUGCAAGUUACUCUUGGUGGCCCUUUUCCUGAACUUUGUCCGCUCUUCUGGCGACUACGAGCCCCAGCUCGUCCCCUUCUACGGCUUUCACUCCGCCGUAAUGACCGCCCGCGUUCAGCUGGCCAACGACACGAGCACGUACCUGUUCGGCCCGGACGAGGUGGAGGGCGCGCGGUGUCAGUCGUCGUGGAACAAGCUGUGGGGAGGCGGCCGCUGCGGCUACCUCAACUUCCACCACUAUGACUCCGACCGUUUCGUGUGGCGCCGUCAUAUUGGUUGCAUUGUCUUCAACGGCAGCCGGGUGGCAGGCGAGAGACCCAACUGUCCCUUCAGGAACCAGAUCCAGCUGGCCGCCUACGCCUACGACGACGGCAACAUCCCCUACAAGAACGCAUCACUCCUCAAGCAGUUCGACACCACGCUCGAGGUGGGUAAGGAGUACGGGCUGCGCCUCGACUUCCUGGAGACGUCGACGGUCUACUCGCUCUUCGCCGGGGACUCGACGCUGCUCGAGCGGCAGGUGAUCCAGCACCGCCACUGCUGGGGCUACUCCGACGGCUACAUUCUCUCCCUCUACUUCGGCGGCGUGUGCCCCGCGCCGCAGCCCGUCACCGUCUGCUACCUCACCGACGACGGCCUCCUCGCCACCACUUAG